AUGUUGGAUAAGGUUGUGCUGGACAAGCUCGCUACGGUCGAGCAGCGCUCUGAAGAGUUGGAGUUGCAGAUGGCGGACCCGGAGGUCGCGGGGGAGUACUCGCGGCUUGAGGGGGUCAUCAAGGAGCACAGCUCGCUCAGGCACAUCGUGGCGCUGUUCCGUGAGUACCGAGGGACGAUCGACGAGCUGGAGGAUGCGAGGACCCUGAUUCGCGAGGAGAGCGAUAGGCAGAUGGCCGCGCUCGCUCGCGAGGAGAUCGAGGAACUCGAAGGACGGCAGGGUGAGAUCGAGCACGAUCUUCGGGUCGCGCUGAUCCCUAAGGACCCGAACGACCAGAAGGGCGUAAUCGUGGAGGUGCGAGCGGGCACGGGGGGCGAGGAGGCGGGCCUUUUCGCCGCGGAGAUGUACAGGAUGUACACACGAUUUGCUCAGCGCCACAGCUGGGGCGUGGAGGUCAUCAGCAGCACGGAGACGGGGCUGGGGAGUAUCAGGGAGAUCAUAUUUCAGAUCGACGGCAACGGCGCGUACAGCCGUCUCAAACAUGAGAGCGGGACACACCGAGUUCAGCGUGUGCCGGUGACCGAAUCGAGCGGACGCAUUCACACGUCGGCCACGACGGUCGCGGUGCUGCCGGAGGCGGAAGAGAUCGACGUCCAGAUCGACCCGGACGACUUGGAGAUCGACGUUUUCUUGGCCGGCGGGCACGGCGGGCAAAGCGUGCAGAAGAACUCGACGGCGAUCCGCAUCACCCACAAGCCCUCAGGCAUGGUAGUGCAGUGCCAAGACGAGCGCUCGCAGUUGAAGAAUAAGGAGAAGGCGAUGGCCGUGCUCCGCUCCCGGCUGCUGGCGCAAGAGGUGGAGCGACAACAGGCGGAGAUUUCGCAGGACCGGAAGUCGCAGGUGGGUACGGGCGACCGGUCGGGCCGAGUGCGCACGUACAACUUCCCGCAGGACCGCGUCACCGACCACCGGGUCGGGUACACGCGUCACAACCUCGAAGCGGUUCUGGACGGGGAGAUCGACGACAUCCUUCACCGGCUGGUCGAGGCGGAGCAGGCCCGGAACCUGGAGAACUUCGGCGCAUGA